AGCAGUUUUUGAUCAGCAAUUAAAUAUUGACGAUUAUAAUAACAUCUAUAUUAAAAGAAUGCCUAACACAGUUACAACAUCAAUUGCAGCACAUCUUACUACUAUUUUACUUAAUCUGAUAGAAAAUGAGCUGGCAAUACCAAAGCAAGAUAUUCAUAAUUCUGCAUUGGUUGAUGCUUUAUUAAUUAAAACUGGUGUUGAUAACUAUUUGAUGUCACUAUAUUCAUUCUUUCAUAACCAGUAUUAG